AUGUCGGUCCCGAAGCCACCGGCUUCUCUCGACAACUCCUGCACUGCCAUUUACGACAACACGCUUUAUUCCUACUCACGCAAUGCUUUCUUGUCAAUACCGCUGGAGGACAGUGCGCGGUGGAGUCGGCUGCCGAUGGGUGUCAAGGUGACGGGAGCCACGUGUGUCGGGUCGACGCCGACCAACGCCAGCCAGGCCGGCUUCUACGUCGUCGGCGGCAAGGCGGAUUCGAGCGACUACUCGGGCCUCCAAAAGUACACGUAUUCCACCGGCAAGUGGACGACGAUUGAGCUCACGGACGAGGUCACAAAGGACAGGCAAUGGCACGCGUCCACCUACAUCCAAGCCGACGACUCCAUUCUCGUCUACGCCGGGAGCCAGGCCCGCGAGCGCAACCCUUCGACGCAAACCUUUACCAUUCAGGCGUCGGAGCCGUUUGCUGUCCGCGGGUACGAGUCGAUUGCGCCUCCCGCCAUUUCCCCCACCCUGAUGGGUUGGUCUGCUGCCGACGCCGCCGUCAUAGGUGGCGGAACCGAUCUGCUGCAUGCCAGGGUCUGGCUAUUCAAUCCCACCGCUCGCUGGAGAGACUCGGGUGCGGGACUGGCCAGUCCCCUCAAGGAUGCGACAUCAAUGCAAGCCGUCCUCGUCUCCGGAGACGACGGGUCCAAGUGCCUGUACACGUUCGAUCUUGGCCAGUCGCCCAACCGGGUCGACCGUCUGGUGUUGCUGGCGGCCAACGGUGCACCGAUUGCCGACGCGAAACCGGUCACGAACAGUACCGGUGCUGCCUCGGGGACCCAAGGCAAACGGGAUCUUUCCUUGGACGAUUGGCCAGAGUACAACGCCACGCUCGCGCCGACGGUGACGAGAAAGAAUUUUGCCGUCGCUCAGGGUCCGAACGGGAUGGUCGUGUUCUCCGGGGGCAACAGCGAACAGCCACUCGCCAUCUUCGACACAAGCAAAAAUGCAUGGGUCAACGCCACCGAACUGUUGGGAGACAGGACACAAACGGUUCUGUCCGAAGCCUCGACCACGACGUCGGUCUCGUCGACGUCGACGAGCCUCUCACCGGCAUCGACCUCGUCGCCGCCAAUCGAAGGCGCGGCGGCCACGCCGACGACAUCGGCUCUCGCCGCCUCGGCUUCCGAAAGCGAAGGCUCUGGUCCGGGCACGAAUGUCAUUCUCGGCAUCACGCUGGGGUCUAUUGUUGGAUUCUUGGCACUGCUCGGUCUCGUGUUGCUGCUCCUUCGACGUCGUGCCAGACGCCAGAAGCAUGCCGAAAGCGGCGGCCAGGAAGGCCACGGCAACGGUGCGCGGUUCAGCGAGAAGGAUUCGGCCGGGCUCACCAAGAGCACCAAGCCUGCCAAGUUGGCCGGCAAGUUCCGCGGGCACUACCCGCAAGCGUCGCAGGACUCGUAUAACUCGAUGGCCAUCUUGAUGGGCCGCAUGGGAAAGGAGAGGACGGGACUGUCGAGGAAAGCGAGCGACGACUCGAUGCGAAGUUUGGCCAGCUCCGAACGCAAGCAGCUCAAGAGCACCAUCAGCAAGCCUAUCCUCCAGACGACGGAUCAGCCAACCUUUGCCGGCGUCGAUGACCGGGGCGUGGCCUUUGAUCCGUCGGUGGACCCUCGACCGCGCAACGACCGGUUGGAGCCGCGAGACGGCACUCGAAGGAGUUCGGGCUGGAACAAAUACUGGUCCGGCGGCAGCGCCCUCCAGAUCCUCGGCUUCGGUUCGGGCAAGAGGAACACGAGCACGUCGGAGCACAGUUCGCACUACUCGGAAGGGCCGAGCAACCAUUCCAGGGCGACGCAGGACUCGGCCACGGUUCCACCCCUGAACUUUGAAGCCCACGGGUUCGAGGGACGGCCUUCGGUCAACAGCGUGAACUCGGGCAGCCCCGUGGUGGCCGAGUUUUCCAGCAAGCUGCCCGCGGAAGGGCUGUCGGGCAAGAUCGAGCGCCCGGCGUCGGCGACCUCGUCGGGUUACUCGAGCGGCAUCCCCGAGAGCGUCAACGACCACUGGGACCCGGCCGAGGCGGGCAAGGCGUGGCGCGCCGACGGAGCGGCCGACGGUUCCCAUGUGCCGAGCUACUACUACGGAGCGACGUUGGAUGCCGACACUUCUGCCGCGCCUCAGCCUCCUUCGGGAGUGAGCCAGCAGCCGCAGCUUUCCAUGGCCGCCACAUCAUCCGACAUGAGCUGGCUCAAUCUUGGCGAUCAGUCACAAUCUCAGACGAGUCGACUGUAG